AUGAGUAGUUUAGUUAAAAAAGGUGGAACACUGUUUGCUCCAAAAAUUAAAAAGAUUGUCAGAAAGAAACAAACUCCAACACCAGGUCCUUCGCAAAGGCAAUCUCAAACUCCAAAACCAAAUCAACCUGCAACACCACCAGCUACACAGAUCACCAACAAAGAACAAGACGAUGAGAAGAAUACAAGCAAAUCACAAGAAAAAGAUAUAGAUAACUCUAUAAAAGAAAGUAACAUGCAACUUGCUUCACCGGCCAGUACUCAAGUACAAGAACAACCAAGCUUUAGAAUGACUUUAUCAACGGCAUCUCCCCAAAAACCAAUUAAAAAUGAUACUGAUAUUGAUCCUAAAGAUAAAAGUGCACCAAAUGAAAAUGCCAUUGCUAGCUCUUCUGAAGACGAAGAUGAUAACGAAGACGACGAUAAUAAUUUCAAACCACCAGUUGAUUCCAAUACAGCUCGAAGACAAUCAGUGACUCAAAGAAGAAGACUAUCUAGCAUAAAUCCACCAGGUGGAAGAAGUAGAUCUGCAUCCAUCUCACUAAAUGCAGACCCAAACCAUAUUCCAGCUAAGAUAGGAAUCCCAAUUGGAAAACCAACAAAGAGAAGAAGAUCACUGGCCCAGAACCGCGCGACAAAGAAGAUUGCACUUACUGCAACACCAAAGGUAGCAAAGCCAAUUAAUAUUUCAAUUUCUGAUGCUCCAAAGGUAGUUGACAAAGGAGCAGAAUCGAAAGAGGAGAAACAGCGCCCGGUCAAAAAGUCAGAUAAGAAGGGUGUUAGUGAUGAGUUCAUUGUUGGUAUUGAUCCCGUCACACAGAAAUUGACAAAGUUCAGACGAAAGGGCAACUCCGCUGUGAGAUUGAAAAAGGAAGAAGGUGAUACCAUAAUUAAAACAGAGGAUGGUGCUAUCAAGAAGGAAGAAGGAGCCGAGAAAACUACACCAGAAGUACCAGAGGAACCAGAGGGAUUAAUCACAACGAUCACAAAUAUUCAUCAAAUUCCAAGCAAAAUUAAAGACGAGGAUAUUGAACUUUUCGGUGAAGUUGAUAUUGAUCUUGAAGAAAUGACUAUGGCAGAAUUGUGUAAACCGACUAUACAAAUCGGGAAAGUUAGUUCAAACUUUAUGUUGGCAAAGGAAGCAACAUACGAGUUGAGACAAAAAAGAAAUCAAAGAAAGAGAGAUAGACAACUUGCUAGAGCUGAAAGAAUAUCACUAGAGGAAGCUGUGAAGAAAAACGAAGAAGCGAGAAGACAAAAUGGAGAGGUUUUUGUAUCUAGUUCAGAAUCACAGCGUAAACCAGACGCCUUGUUUGAUGAAGAUCCUCCAGAAGCAAGCUCAUCUUUGAAAUUAGUGUUUAAUGCCGAUGGUAAAUUGGGAGUUAGUGAAGAAUCUGCAAUAGUUGCCAAACCCAGAGCUGAUGUCAAUACAAGAUCAGUUGAAAAUUCCAAUCCAUUUGCUAACCCUAUUACAUCUACCACGUAUAGUAAGCGUGUGCAUACCGAUAAGUGGACUCCUGAUGAGCUUAAUCAGUUUUAUCAAGCUUUGAGUAUGUUUGGUACAGAUUUCUCGUUGAUAUCACAAUUGUUUCCUUAUAGAUCUAGAAAGCAGAUUAAGCUGAAGUUCAAUCUAGAGGAAAGAAAGUUCCCAGAAAUUGUUGAAUUGGCUUUGAAAAGAAAACUUCCUGUUGACUUCCAAGAAUAUUGUAAGAAUAUUAAGAAUGAUAUUAAAUCGUUGGAAUAUUAUAAUGAAGAGUUACGAAAGGUCAGAAUUGAGCACGAGGAAAGUAUGAAUGCUAUUGUAUUAGAAAGAGAAAAGGCAUUGAAAGAAGACGCCGAGGCAAAUAGACGAAGAGAGAUUGAAAUCAGAACCGGUGCCAAACCAAUGACACGUGCUGAAAAAGUCAAAGAAUUGAGAAAGAAUGAAAUGGUUGUGGGAUCAAUUGAUGAUAUGAAGAGACAAAGAGAAGUUGCUGAAUGA